GCCAUUUCAGGAGUUACAGCACACGUAGCCGAAGGGCUCGAGGACUGUCACUAUCAUCCAAUCUUGGAGCAGUACAUACCAGCGGCGCAGGAAGUGAGACUAAAAACCGUAUAUGUUAACAUUCGCCGUCGUGUGAAUGGCACCGCAAUCACUUUUCGAUUCAACAUGACGCAUGGACGACUGAUCAUAAAGUGCCCCAACGGCACAUCGCAAAGCACCGUUUGCUGCAAGUUUGAGUGCACUGACAACGGUUUCAAUACCGCCUGCUCCAUGCAUGUGCAAGGUUCAUACGCCUGGUACCAAGCAGUUGUCUCUGACUCACAAAAUACCACCCAACAUUUCAAGAUUUAUUUCUAUUUUGUCAGCUACAAUGAGAAGAGAUAUCCUGCUGAAAUAAGCGUGAAUAUUCUAAGACCACCUGUUUCACGUCGCAUUGCCCUCGUCAUGAGAAGUUACGUGAUGAAAGUAAGAACUUAUCCACUGCCUAAAUAUUUUACCAAGUUUGAGAUUUACAACAAUACCCUACCGAGCCUAUGGAAGACAUUCAUGGAAAAGGUCACGGCAACAUUGGAGCCUUAUCUCAUUCAACUCAUUGAGAAAUACUACAAAGAAAGAAUAACGUCUCUAGUAGAUGACUAGAGACAUAAGCUUCGUUCAAAGUGAACCAUUAGCAUGUAAGAGAAACUUCAUAUUGAACGAUGACUAAUUGUCAU